AUGCCACAUAAUCCUGAUAUGGCAGCAAUUGAUAACUUUGGCUUCGAGCACAAGGUGACUAUUUCGGUCUUUCCCCCAAUAAGGCCCAUUUUUUCAGCCAGUCGGAUGGGUUUCGAUCAGUGAAAUCAGGAAGGGCGACGUGAGUGUCGUCUUCAAAGUGACCGAUUCGAACGGAAAGAUCGAGGCGGCGAUGAAAGUGGAGAAGUUGGGAAAAUCGGCGGAACUGAAGAAUCUGGAGAAGGACGUGCUGAUGGCGCUGCGGGACGAUCCGAACUCCCUCCAUCUUCUCGACUACUGCUACGCCGGCCCGUUCCGUUGUACGGUGAUGACCAUGGCCGGGCCGGAUCUGUUCAAGAUCAGCAAUGAUGUGAGAGAGGGCCGACGGGAAUUGCUGAUCUCCGGAGUGAUUUCAGAUGCAGAAGAAGUUCAGUGACUCGACGAUCCUACGUCUCGCGAUCCGCACCCUGAUGGCCAUCAAGUCUCUUCACGAGCACUGCUACGUCCACCGCGACCUCGAGCCGUCCAACAUUGCUCUCUCGUGCACUGCCCAUUCCCGCAACGUCUAUCUCCUCGAUUUCGGAUCGGCGCGGCAGUUCGCGAGACAGGAAGGCGGCAAAUGGAUUCUGAGAACUCCGAGGGACAAGGUUCCGUUUCGCGGAUCACUCCAGUACUGUUCGCCGAAGAUGCACGACCUCGAGGAGGUCGGAAGAGUCGACGAUCUGUGGUCGUGGCUCUACAUCUUCAUCGAGAUGCGCACCUAUCUUCCGUGGACCGAUUCGACCCAUCAGAUGAAGUACGCGCCGCGCAAAAGGAAUCUUCUCGAGGAAGUGCUCGAUUCCGAUCCGUCAGCUUCUUUUUUCCCUCGUUCGGAUGAUAAAGUCCCCAUUUUUAGAUUCUUGAAGACGUUCAAACCUAUCGCAAAACUUCUGAAGAUCUACAAAUACGCGGAUCGUCCAGAUUAUCGAAAGAUUUUUGAGAUUCUGACGGCGAAAAUGGAGCAGAUGGGGGUGAAGUGGACGGAUCCGAUGGACUACGACGUGCAGUUGGACCGGUGCUGGAAGGCCAGUCCGAGCGACGAGAAGACUAUCGUGGUAAGCGUAAAUGGGGAGGGGGGGGGGGGGAAUAAAUGGGGAAUCUUCAGCUACUUGCCCGCGCAAUGAUGCGGAAUUCUGCCGUUUCAGGAUGAAGUGGCCGCCGCCUUCCACGAAAUCGUCGUUCCGGGCGGUCAGCAGUACGUGCUGGCUGCGAAAAUCAAUUUCUUCAAAUUUAAAAAGGAAAAUAAAAAGGAAGAGAAGAAAGGGAUACACGAGAAGGAAAAGGAGAAAUCGACGGAUGUGCCGAGCAAAAGUGUCGAAGUGCCGAGCAAUCAGAAAGCGAACAAGGUGGUCAAAGGAAAGGCGGCGCAGAAGAACAAGAAGACGAGCAGCACGACGAGCUCCGCGAGCCGACAGACUCCGCCCUCUCCCGUGGAGCCAGCAGCGGUACCGCCCGUGACAGCUAUGGCGAUUAAUAAGAAGCCAGCGGUGGGAGUCAAGUGUAAGAUGUAG